AUGACAGUCCACCUUGCAAAAGUAGGUGAAGAUGCACUGAUGACGAAUACGUGUUUGUCUAAUUCAACCUUAGCAAAGAAAAAUGUGUUGCACAUAUCUUGGUUCAAGCGUGAUUAUGGAGAUGGUGAAACACAGUGGAAGAUUACUGUAACUAAAAUCAGCAUAAAGACGGAAGGCAGUGGGAGAUACUUAAGUAAAAAUGGAAGCAUUAUCAUAUCUAAUGUUAAAGUAGAGGAUACAGGGUACUACCUAUGUGAAAGGUUCUACACUGCACAACGUUUAUCAAGUUUAAUAGUCUACUAUCUCAAGGCACCAGUUUUGGAACCAAAAGAAAAACAUGUUAAUGAAAAUGAAAAUGCAACAUUCACAUGUCCUUUACCAGAUGGUGUUCCAACACCUAUCACCAUCACAUGGAUUAAAGAUGGCACUGUACUUGAUGUGUCAGAUACUAAGAAGUAUCCACAGUCAGAUACAACGUUAGAAAUCAGCAGAGUUAACUAUAAAGAUACAGGAGACUACCAAUGUCGAGCAGAGAAUGCAGCUUACAGUGGGGACGAAGGGAAGCUGAGUGACAAUACAGGAACCCUGUCAUUGGUUAAUCGUGAGUACUGA